AAGACUGUUGUUGCCAACCGUGUGGUGUAGCCGGGCGGGCAGGACAGAGGCAGCGGGCGGCGUGGCUGUGCAGGGUGGAGCUGUGGUGCUUGUUUUCCUACGUGUUACAUAAAAUCUGAACUAGGAGUGUUACAAGGAAGCCCAGGCGGCACCAUGGUCAGAUCAAGAAUAUGAGGACUUCGAGCUCACCCCGCUACGGUACCGGCCCGAGGGUUUGGACCAGCUGAGCGAGGCCACCAGGUUCUCGAAGGAAGAGCUGCAGUUCAUGUACCGAGGCUUCAAGCAGGAAUGUCCCACGGGCGUCAUCUCCGAGGAAACCUUCAAGGAGAUAUACGGCAAGUUCUUCCCCCUCGGAGGACAACCCGAGGACGGCACCGGCAGAAAUUCCGCCAUGUACGCCCACUACGUGUUCGGCACCAUGGACCAUGACGGCUCGGGUACCAUCACGUUUGGCGACUUCAUCAUGGGCCUCUCGGUGUUGCUCAAGGGCACGCUGCAGGAGAGAAUCAACUGGAUAUUCAACUUGUAUGACAUCAACAAUGACGGGUACAUCACAAAGGAAGAGUUAGUUGAUAUUGUCACGUCGAUUUAUGACCUGAUGGGAGAACAGACGAGCCCAGCCAUUGAUGACGGCACUCCAGUGGACCAUGUGGAACGGAUCUUUGAAAAGCUUGAUCUCAACAAGGAUGGUGUGGUUACUAUGGAUGAGUUCAUGGAGUACUGCUCAAAGAAUGAGAAUGUGAUUGAGUCCUUCAACAUCUUUGAUGAAAUCCAGUAAUGACAGCAGUGCAGCAUUCUGCCCACUUUUUUGACCCACUAGUGGUGCUUUUGGCAUCACUCUGGACUUCCCUCAGCCUGAAGUGCUGAAGUGGGAUACAGCUACAGUGCUUGAUCUGCUGCUGCCUCGAGUUGGGACACCAACUGUUGACUGCAGCAUAUAAUACAAUCCUGCAAGUGACAAGACACGGUGGCUUAUUUUGGCAUUGGUAGUCAAGGAUAUGCCCAAGAAUCUUCAGCUGUGAGAUUUUUAAGUUGGGCAAAGGAGGAAAGUCUACCAAAACAGUAGUGAACUUAAUGAGAAAAAGAGAAAUUUGGCAGGUGGAGUGAGUGACUGCCACUUUAUCCUAGAAAGGAGUUGUCUGCUUUCACCUGCCACUCAGCAGUAGUGACCUUUUUUUUUUUAAUGACAUUCCAAGUUUUUGGAAUGUUUGGGAAAUGAAUGAUGCAAUUCUUUUUAAUUUUGGUAUCAAUUUCAAGCCAUGAUCAGGGUAUGAAUGAUGUAAGGAAUAUGUAUGACUAAGAGGUCUUAUAUGGCUAAGCUUCAUGACUAAAUUUUUUUCUUUUAAUCAGGAGUAAUUUAAUUUCUUAUUAUAUAAUAAAGCCAACUUGUGUGGUUUCUCAGAUAAUUUCAUAUUUGAAAAAAUCAUUAAUUUCAUAUUUGAAAAAAAAAUCACUUUAGAUAAUUCCAUAUAGUUUGCACCAUCCUUUUCAAAACUUGUAAAUUUAUUAAAUUCUCUAACUAUAUAUAAAUAUAUAUACAGAGUUUAUGAUAAAAAAAAAUUUGUCACUUGUACAAAUUAGCAGAACAUACUUUGAUAUGAAAAGCAUUCUAUAUUACAUAGCCUGGUACAAUUUAUAUAGCUUAGUUGUCUGGCAGUUAUUUAAAAUUCUAUCUAGCUAAAGGGAGGGGAGGAGGGGACAGGGGACCCUCCUCUUAGGCUUGUUCCUAUGAUGAGACAAGACAGAGGGGAAGGGCGAAUCACUUCUCCCUGAACCCUAAAGUAGAUGCCUUGUCUUGGCUAUCCCCGUUAAAGGGGACCUCAGCCUAGUAUAUCUAUCAACAAUGUCUUUAUCUGAUGGGUGAUCUUAAGGUUACCUGAUAUUAGUCUACAACUCUUCUAAAUCUUCAUUUCAUCAAACAAGAGGCCAUGUCCUGUGGAAAUAAAACUACUGCCUUCAUUGAUGUGGGUAAAGAUGUUGCACAAGAUGUAUUCUCAUAACUACUGUCCUGAAUAAAUAACCUGAAUAAAUAAAGAUAAAUUAAAUUAAUCUUGCAGUUUACAGAAUGACAUUACAAUAGGGACCUAGUAGAACUCAAAGUUCCAAAUAUCUAAUUAUAUUCAGGAAAAUUAGUUCAACUAAUGUGUUUGUUUCCCCAAGAGGUGUCAUCACAAGUCUUAAUCUGCCUUGACAUGCACACAAUCCUUCAUUCCUUCAAUCAUCUUGUUUUGUGUUUUUAUCAAUAAAGGGUUCAGCCUACCUGUUCCCAUCAUACCCAUUAAUGCUCCUGUCUGUCCUUCUCACCUACACGUAAAAAUCAGUGCUCAAUUUCAUUCACUCAGGUAUUUAAUUUGUCUAGGAUUCCCAAGGAAGUGUUUUGCUCUCCACCAAAACAUCUUUAAGAAAUAGCUUAUUGCCAAAAUUCACUUUUACAGUUCAUGGCACUGCAAUAACAGUCAGAUAAAAUGUGAUUGUUCACAGAGAUGACCAACUGUUACCUUGAAAAAAAUAUAAUUUAAAAAAAAUUUUUAAAAAGCACCUUGUAUUCCAAUGACCCUAGGAAACAUGCAUUUCUCAAAAUAUCAGAGGCAGAAUUUUCAGUCUUAUCCCCCAAUCCCACCAGCAACAAUCGCACAUUACAGGGACAAUGCAGUCCUGUAUUAUAAUGAACAAUGUGCACUCCUUAAUUGGCAAGUAAGCCUCACAAAACCUACAACUUACUAUACAGUGUUUCAUUCCACAUCAAUGUUCCCUAAGCAUAGUUUUAUAAACGUACAUAUAUACCCGCCAGGGGAGUAGUAUAGACCAUUUUUGGCCUUGAGAAGCAAGUACAGAUAUGUAUACCCACAGCCACACACAUGGACACAGGCAAAUGGGGUUAGGAUUGUUGGCCUUCCACUUCUGCAGGACCACAAACACAGAGGAUGGCAGGAUUGCUAUCUUUAGCUCCUGCCAGACUGUAAGGUCGUAACUCCUCCUCGGCUUGCAUCCUGUACCUCUCUGUUACAUGAUCAGGACUUAAUCCUGGUCCUCUCAACUGUGAGCUGAGCUCACUAAUUCUCACACCACUAGGCCACUGAUGAUAAUCAUAAUGUUGGGCCACUAAUGAUAACAAUCGUAACAUUUCUUGAUCUACAUUGAUGCACCAACUUUUAUAAUCCUAUGUAAGGUUUCAAUGACUUCCUAUAUACAAUGGUGCCAAGGUACUUAAAUUCUUUAGGCCUUUUCAUCAUUUCACUAUAUAUGAUGGGUGUUGUAUUGUAGUAGAUUAUCUUCUGCCCUGUAUGACCUCAUUUCACUUUCCUUUCAAACAUCAUGAUCAGAACACUACCUAUACUAAGUCUGUUCCCAACACUUACAGUGCAAAAACAACCACUCAGCAGUACCUGUUUACACUCCUCAAGAACUGGCUUGCCAUCAAGUGCAACAAUCAUGCAUUUCAUAUUAUCCUACUGAAGUACAGUACAAGUAAGCCUAUGGUGUUCUGGUGCCAAGAAAGAAUUAAUCACUUAGUACUUGUACGUACACUGAACAGUUGUCAUUACAGGUAUCCUGGCAUGCUGCUCAUCACCAACUACAUUUACAGGUAGUGAUUGCUGCACAAAAGAUUCUUACUUCUGCUGCUGACUGCUGACACCAAAUAAUUUUUGAAUGUAUGCAAAUUAGAAUCUUUAUUCUAAUCAUGAUUUAACAAACACAUUUUGUAUGAAAAUAUUUAUCCCACAUAUCCUUUUUUCUUUAGACAAACUACAUAAAUAGAUAUCUGUGAUACUAAGUUGUUGACCUUAGCAGGAAUAUCUAGCAGACUGCAAACCUUUGGCUAUUAGAUUCAACAUUCCCUUCUUUAUCCUUCUACAAUGAUAUGAACACAAUGAACUUGGUCCCUUAACACCUUUAUUGUCAGGCAAAAUGAAGCCACUAUUCCUAAUCUCUGACAUUAAUUUGUACAUUUAAGAAGCUUUUCUACCUUCUGAUUUUCACUUUUCAUCACAAGCACAUUGUUUUCACCAAUGCUCAGAAGACUAAUUCCUAAUAAAUUCAACUAUUACAUACCAUAUGUAUUUGUGCAAUUUUUUUUUAUUUUCUUUAUCAUACUUAUGAGAUAUUAAUUACAUAGUUAAAACUAGCUAGCUAUGCUAGCUUCCUUAAGGCCCAUCCAGACAAUCAAGCAUUGCCUGCAUGCACAAGCGAGCAGUUUGCCUGCUAGCAAGUUUACCACUUGUGCCUGCUAAAACACGGGCAAAGUGCCUGUGUUGGUUGUUUAGCGAAAUCACCAAACACUGCCCGUGGCCGGUAGUAUGACGUCACUGCCAGACACACAAGGCUUCCUAUGGAGGCAAGGGGCAGAGGUUGUCAUUGUUCACUCUAACGUUUGACAGACAUGUCUGUCUCUGCUCCAGCUAUAGUGCUUUCUUCUGAUUCUUCUUGGUCGCCACCAUACUGGUAAUUAUUGUAUCGCACACAGUCUGCAGGUCCUCCCUGAACUACCACACACUCUGGCUGUGUCUGGGUUGGACUGGGUCAGCUCAGCACUGUGUGGACAACACUACCAUUGUGACUGUGGGCUUUGCUCGUCUGCAGGCAGUGCCCGUUGAGCUGUGCUCGAUUGUCUGGACGGGCCUUUAGUAUUAGGGACCACAUGUCAUUAAAUCUGCAUUGCUUGGAGUCAAAUAUCACAACCCAACACUGGUAUCAUAAUGUUAUGAUAACAGAUGACAACCCAACAGUGCUGUUAUUCAUAUGAACUCUAUUAAUUUCUCAAAAUGGUAAUAAAUAUUAAUUUACAGCAAAUAUACUUGCAUAUCAAUUAAGUUCAUUGAUGAUGAGUUAUUUUUUGGUAAAAGUGAUUUAUAGUAUUAUGUAAAUAUUAUAUCUCGGUUGAUAAAGAUCACAAACUAAAUUUUCAUUCCAAAGCACCAGAGCAAUAAGGAGUUGCAUUAUGGUUUAAACAAGUACAUCUAGUAUAGUACAGUAAAAGCAGCCCAUGACUGAUGUGGUACACUCCCAUCCACCAGAAAACAGAAUGAAUAAAAAACAAACAAAUGAAAAUAAAAAAUAAUUGGCCUCAACUUUUACUCAAGUACAUAAUAAGUACUUGAUUAAAAAAGUUGAGCCCAAUUAUGUCAUAUUAUGAUAUCCAUCAAUGUGAGUGAUUCAAUGCAUGAUGUUCAGUACCAUUUUCUUAGCCUGUAAGUGUUUUGCUUUUUAGUCUUUUACUUCUCAUUUUGAGGUCAUGCCUUCCUCUAUCUAUUUCUUUCUGAAUGCUUCCUUCCUCCAUGAGCAUUCCCCAUGGGGGCUUGGCCAUGGCAGAAGAGCCUUCAACCUCUCCCUACUGAAACACAAGAGUCUCCACCUCUCCUCAUCCAAACACUCCUUCCUUGCUUGUGCAAGUGCUCCCUGUUUACUACCACCUCUCACAUGUAUAUGCUUUCUGAACAAGAGAUUAGAUAUCAUUUAAUUUUACUGACCCCAUAACUUGUACUGAAUUACUCCCUAUACUAUUGUAGACUAAAGUAACCAUUUUUGGCCCUUAGUAUUGAAAUACUAUGUACCUGUUACUGAAACCUAUUUCCUUGAUUCAUUAUAAGUGCAGUGAUAAAGAUGACAAAAUUAUCAUACUACUAACAUCAAGAUAUGCCAUUCAAAACAAAAUAUGAUAAUAAGUACCUACCCAUAUUAUCAACUAUGAGCAACAAAGCUAACUGAAAAUUUAGUGCAUACUACUAUUUUGGAAACAGAAGGGAUAUUAGUCUAGCCAAUAAAAGUUGAAUUGUAAAAAUUGGAUUACUUGGAUCAAAAUUCCCUUACCACCUUUUUGUAUCCUUUACACAUCCCCAUAAAAUGUGUAGUCUUCUGUAAUCACUAGUCUUCUGUAAUCAAACACAAUUGAUCUCCUAACCUAAAGUAGAUUUAUUUUCAUUAAAUAUGUGCUAAUUCAUCACACUCGUCAACUUACAUGUACAUAUUUUCUUUUUUUUCACAUUCCCCUACAACCUCCAUGUACCUCCUCCAUUACCAGAUCUGCAGUACAUAUAGGAAUGCUUGCAUUGUUUCCAUGCAUACAACUUUAUGAUCCUCCUCAGGGUCCUUGUUCUUGUCCCUAAUAGAUCAAUUGGAUUAUGGUGAACACAGGGGAUGCUCACAGACACAAGCUAACUAAAUGCAAAUUCUAUCUUAUAGUGUAACUUGUAGCAAAGAAAAGACUGAUUGACCAAUUAAUAACUUUCAUUUUCUUAUGACUUUAUUGGAUGAAGAGAAAUCAAACCUAAGCCAAACAAAAAUUACAUCUUUACCACAAUGAAUUAUUUCAUGUGAUAGAUCAUAAGUAACAUGUUGAAUGUAUGAAUUUUUCACUAGGGUCACAGUCAUGUCUUUACCUUCCUUAUGGCCCAUAGGAAGAAGUGUAGCCUGUUGUACAUAACAGCUCCAAGUUAAAACAUCAUGCUCUCCCUUUCUUUCCCAUGCAGCAGUUUGAAAGUAUAUAUGCAUCUCCUUUUUAGCUCCAUCAGAACACCCACAAGUUUUUGAGCUAUGCAAGACUGAAUAAUAUGUCAAGAUUUACUUCCUGCUUCAAAAUGUCUGAAAUCCUUAUGUUGCCUUAUAAUAAAAGUUAAAACUAAGUAAAAAUUAAGGAAAAGGUUAACCUUUGUUGAAAGCAUUCUGUGACUGAAACAACUAUAAACUAUAAAAACAACACGACAGGCCACCUCUUCUUAUGAGCCUGGGAGUUGAUGGAACUUGUUUGGACGGAGUAAUUAGUCACCUGUGAUAGAGAAGAGACUACCCAGUAUACCUGUCAUCUCCAAAACAAUACCUUCACAUAUCGACUAUGUAUAUUGGUAAUAAAAACUUUGUGCUGGUUC